AGCUACACGAUAACGUUCGAAGAAGAAGAAGAAGAAGAGGAGGAGGAGGAGGAAGAAGAAGAAGAAGAAGCGGCAACAACAACAACAUGGCUACGAGGAAAGCCGCCCGGGCUGUGUGGACACAGGAGCUGGAGCAGAGCUUGAUCGAACUCUGGCAGGAGCACGAGUGCCUCUUCGACAUCUCGCACGACAUGUACCACGACCGCGUGGAGAAGGAGAGGAGGUGGCGGGAAGUGGCCGACGCUCUUCGGCAGCCGGUUGAGGAGGUGAAGACCAGGGCAGUGUCCCUUCGAACUCAGUACUCCAGGUUGAUCAAACCCAAACCGAGUGGCGCCGAGAGCAAACCCUUGACCCCCAGGCAGAGGUGGCUCCUCGGGGCCAUGGACUUCCUGAAGAAGUACAUUGUUCACCGUCCGUGUGAGAACACUCUUGACGUGACAUUCGGCGAGCAGGAGGACGCGGAGGACAAGGACGAUCUCUACGACACCCCGUCCGGACCUUGCACACCGUCCACCGUCUUCCCCCCCGAAUGGACCUACGAAGGAGCCUCAUCCAGUCCUUCGCCCACGUCGACAGCCGGCAGGGCGUUGCCGGGGGAGCCGCGCGCCAGGGGCGUGAAGCGCAAGGGCAAGUCGGAAAAGGACAUAGAGCUGAUGAAGCUCGCCUUCCUGAAGCAGAUGGCGGCGAGGAUCGACGCGGACCCGACUCCCGACGCCUUCACGGCGUUCGGAAACCAAGUGGCGGCGGAGUUGCGGCAAAUAGAAGACCCGUCGUACCUCACCAGACUAAAAAGAAACAUCAUGAACAUGAUCUACGACACACAGGACACUGAGAGGAGUGGCUCCUCCUCGCGGGCGCCGCCGCCAGCGCCACACACGUGUCAACCCAUUUCAUCUUCUCCGUCGCCGAUACCUCAUCAGUACGCGACCACCUGACCUCGAAGGAAUGGUCCACCUGUGGACGCACACCCAGACACUCACAGAGCAGACGCGCAGCAGUUGUAGGAGCUGAAUUCAAAGUUUCAGAUGUUUUUUUAAAAACAUUUGUUUACUUAAAAUUGUUCAAAACUCUUUACUCUUUAAGAUUUAAUAAAGUUCUUUUAUAAGUUUGA